UAAGUAUCUUAAUCUUUGGUUUUCUUAAAUUAUGUGUGCAGUUUUAAAAUAAUUUAAAAUGAACUAAAAUGAAUUUGAUUCUUUUCCAUCUUAUCUGUAUAUGUAAUGUUGUUGUGUUUAUUGUCUAUAGUGUGAACGUUGAAACCCUUUUGUUGAAGGACAUACUGGACAAUAGAGAUUAUAAUAAAUAUAUGAGGACGCCGACUGUUAAUAAAAGCGAACCAAUACAGGUAGAGAUUGAAAUUGCGCUAAACACAAUUCAUUCAUUAGACAUGAAGAACCAAAUCCUGACAACUUCGUUUGGUAUAAAGAUGUCAUGGACAGAUGAAUUUUUGACGUGGAAUAAGAGUGACUACGGAGAAACGAAUGCAAUAACAGCUCCAAUAUCAAAGAUAUGGACGCCUGAUGUGUUGCUUACAAAUUAUGCAGACAAAUCCAAUAUUUUUGAAGAUAAUGAUAAACGUGUUUAUAUCUACAGUAAUGGGCUGGUAGAACGGCGUGAUGAUAUUGAAGUUAAAACUUAUUGCGUUGUAAAUCCAACAAGAUAUCCGUUUGAAACUGAAACCUGUACAUUAAAUUUUAGAGCCCAAAAUCUUGAUAACAAGGAACAGAUGUUAAGCAUUGGAUUGCCAGCUAAUUUCCUGAAUCUAUUUAAAUCAAAUGGUGAGUGGCAUAUAUCUAAACCUGACAAAAUAAGACAUUAUACAACAAUAGAACAUGUUAAUGGAAGAAACUUCUCUGUAGUGAUCUUACACAUAGAAAUGGAUCGCAGACAAACAUAUUACGUAUGGAGAUUCCUUGCUCCAACUGUUGCUAUUACAUUUAUAAAUAUUGUAACUUUUUGGCUACCAGUGGAAAGCGGAGCCAAAGUCACGUUAUCAACAUUUGUUAUAUUGGGUUUUACAGCAAUGAUUGAGUUAUUUAACGAAUCCUUACCAAGCACUUCUGACAAACCUUCUUACUUUGGAAGGUUGUUAUGGUGGUUACUUGGUAUAAGCGGAAUCAUUCUCAUAUUGAAUGUCAUUAUAAUUGCAAUUUUCUACCGCAAAUGUGGUAUAUGUGCAAGACUUUGCUCGAUAUGCAACAGUAAAAAGAAAGGUGAUAAUAAGAAUGCAGAUCAGGAAAAAAUCAAUUUGCAAAAAAUCACAAUUUGUUCUUCAGGAAUUUGUUCACCGUGCUGCUCUGAAAACGAAGAUGACAUAGGGAUUACAGAACUUAAGUAUGUAAAAUCGCAAGAAGAAUCAAUACAUCACCAAGGUUCCAAUCCGGAAAACGUUUGUUUUUCGGGAAUAGAAGAGGACAGACAGGAAACAGAACUAAAGUAUGUUCAAUCGCAAGAAAACCCAACCAAUCAACCGGGUACCAGUCAGGAACAUGUUGAUGAUAUUGUGAUUUUAAUAGAAGACAAGAAAAACAGGAAAAAAGAAGAUAAUUUAGAUGAAACGAAGAAAAAUGAAAUAAAGAAAAAAAGAAGGAAACAAAAGGCUUCAAAAUAUGAUAAAAUAUGUUAUGUUCUUAUGCUUUUAGCAUAUGGAAGCGUGUAUACUUUUUUCUGUUAUAAACUUUUUGUUGAAAGGGAAAAUGAAAAUGUUGCAUAAGAGAACUAAAACUUUCAUUUCACACAAGACCACAGCCUACAUUGUUAUUUUACAUUCUACAAAUAUGACGGUGUACGGAUUUUUUUUACCCUGUACAAAUGUGGUAGUGUUUUUCUGGAAUAGAAGAGGACAGACAGGAAACAGAACUAAAGUAUGUUCAAUCGCAAGAAACCCCAACCAAUCAACCGGGUUCCAGUCAGGAAAAUGUUGAUGAUAUUGUGAAUUUAAAAGAAGACAAGAAAAACAGGAAAAAAGAAGACAAUUUAGAUGAAACGAAGAAAAAUGAAAUAAAGAAAAAAAGAAGGAAACAAAAGGCUUCAAAAUAUGAUAAAAUAUGUUAUGUUCUUAUGCUUUUAGCAUAUGGAAGCGUGUAUACUUUUUUCUGUUAUAAACUUUUUGUUGAAAGGGAAAAUGAAAAUGUUGCAUAAGAGAACUAAAACUUUUAUUUCACACAAGACCACAGCCUACAUUGUUAUUUUACAUUCUACAAAUAUGACGGUGUACGGAUUUUUUUUACCUUGUACAAAUGUGGUAGUGUAAGUAGACGUUUUUACAUUGUACAGAUUUGACGGGUGUCAGGUAGUUUAUUAACAUUAUCGUGAUUUAUUAUUAAUUUUUUUUUUAAAUAUUCACUAUCUUAAUUCACAACAUAAAAUAUUCUUUCUGUUAUUUAAAAGAUUCAGAUCUAUGCAAUGAAUAAAAGACAUUCAAUUGUCAAAAACUGACGUUAAAAGUUUCAACCGUCGAUUGCGUUAAUUUCCCUUAAAGAUCAUCUUUGCUUUGUGAAAGGACAUCUAAGAGAUAUAAAAAAUCAUUCAUUUUACUAGUUUUUUUAAUUUCAUUCAAUGAAAAAAAUCAUUAUUAGAAAUCCCAGUCUUUUCGUACAGACCAACAUUCACAGUAAACCAAUAAAUAUUAUCUUGAAGAUUAAAUUAUUAAAUUACUUAAAAUAUCACGUGUUUCUUUAAUAUUUUAUAUCGGCUUCGGCGGAGAAAAAAAAACUGUAUAUAAUAAAAGAAACAACCCAGCAAUUUCCGAAAGCGGUUUUGUAAUUAGGGGUCAGAAAAGGGUCAAAAACAAUUAUCUAGCCGGUUUUAAGAAAUUCCCUUGAGUAUAAGAGAUAUUUAUUUGGGCAAUAUUUUAGCACAGAACCACAACAAUAGGAAGGUUGGGAUUAAUUUUUGGGGUUAUUGUCAUAGCUGUUUAGGAAUUAGGGGCAAAAAACGGUCUAACAAAAACAAUAUUUUGUCAGGUUCAUAGCUAUAGACAAUAACUUGAGUAUAAGUGUAUAACUCUCUAUUAAAUUCUAGCACAAGGCUCCAUACCACAUUAGGAAGGUUGGGAUUUAUUUUUGGGGUUAUUGUCGUAGCUGUUUAGGAUAAGGGACCAAAAAGGGGCCAAAAACAAGCAUUUUUCAUGUUUCAGGACAAUAAUUGGUGUAUAAGAGUAAAGGUUUCUAUGAAAGUUUACCACAAGGUUCCCCAUACUUCAAAAGGAAAGUUUGGAAUGAUUUUUGGAGGUUCAUGGCCCAUAUCGUUUAAUAACUAGGGGUAAGAAAGAGACAGAAAAUAACUAUGUUUCUUCUUUGCAGGCAAUAACUUGAGUAUAAGUGUAUGGAUCUCUAUUCAAUUUUAGCACAAGGUUCCAUACCACAAUAGGAAGGUUGGGUUUAUUUUGGGAGGUUAUUAUAGUAGCUGUUUAGGAAUUAGGGGCCAAAAAAGGGCCUAACAAAAACAAUUAUUUGUCUAGUUCACAGAUAAUAACUUGAUUAUAACUGUAUAGAUCUGUAAUAAAUUUAAGCACAAGGUUCCAUUCCACAAUAGGAAGGUUGGGAUUAUUUUAGGGGUUAUUGGUGUAGCUGUUUAGUAAUUAAUGACCAAAAAGAGUUCGUAAAGAAGAAUUGUUCAUGUUUUAGGACACUAAUUUGUGUAUUAGAGUUUGGAUUUCUAUGAAUUUUACUACAAGGUUCCAUACUUUUAAAGGCAAGUUGGGAUUGAUUUUAGGUGUCAAGGUCCAAACCGUUCAAUAAUAGGGGCUUGAAAGGGGGCCAAAAACUAGGGAUUUUCUGAUUUGUGGACAAUAACUUAAGUAUAAGUCUAUAUAUUGCUAUUCAAUUGUGUCACAAGGUGUAAUAACAUAAAGUAAAGCUUGGGAUUGAUUUUAGGGGUUAUGACCCUAUCGGUUUAGUUAAAAAGGGCCAAAACCAAUACUUUGUAUAAACUGCUUAUUUUUUUUAGCAAUUUCAAUGGCAUUUAAUUCAAAAGUCUUGAAUUCUUGAGAGUCUUUUAUAUGCUGAAUCUAAUUGGGUAUUUGAUAUUUAGAUUUUAGGGUCUGUUUUUGAAAUGAUUCAUAUUAAGGUCAAAAGGGUCCAAAAUUAAACUUUUUGUUUGAAAUCUUUAAAAAUUAAAUUAAAGAUAUGCCUUGAUAUGCUGAAUCUAAUUUUAAAAUUGAAAAUGGCCACCAACGGGUCUUCAACACAGCAAGAAAAUCCCGCACCCGGAAACGGGCUUCAGCUGGGCACUAAAUUGAAGAUGUGUACUAUUUAAGUGAAAAUGGACGUCAUACUAAACUCCAAAACAUAUAAAUGAACAAAUAUGCUAGAUAUACUUACUGGAGGUGUGAUGAGAUGAUUGAAGCUGUUAAUUUUCUCCUUGAUAAUAUUUAUGUACGUUUCGACAGCAAAGUUUAUCGACAGGUUGUAGGUAUUCCUAUGGGCCCUUAUUGCGCCCCUUUAAUAGCAGACUUGUUUUUCUACUGUUAUGAAUCACAGUUUAUGACCAAACUCAGUAAAGACCCGUCUAAAUUGCAUUUAAUUGAUAAAUUCAACAACACUUACCGUUAUCUUAAUGAUAUUUUUUCGUUAAAUAAUCAAGAAUUUCUCAAUAUACUGCCGAAAUUUACCCAAAGGAACUUACUUUAAAUGAAUCAAAUUUAAACGGUAACAACUGUCCUUUCAUAGAUUUAGAUAUUUCGGUUUUACACGGGAAACUCCACACGAAAAUGUACGACAAAAGGGACGAUUUUUCGUUCCCUUUUGUUAAUUUUCCCUUUUUGGAUGGUGAUGUUCCUUUGGCACCAUCUUACGGUGUUUAUAUUUCACAACUCGUUCGCUAUGCUUGUGUCUGUUGUGACGUUUUUGAUUUUAACGAACGUAAUCUAUGUAUUACUGGUAAAUUAUUACGCUAGGGACUUCGUUACCACAAAUUACUUAAAACCUUUACUAAAUUCUUCCAUAGAUAUAAAGAUUGGUUUGGAAGUUUGGUUGUACCUGUAGAAAACUUAUUUCAAACGGGAUUGCACAUCCUCAUUUUUACGGCAAUAUUGUUUACCGUGCCCGGAAAUUUAGAAACGAUCCUAGUAAACUUAUCGAUCCUUUUAAUAAACUUAUUCUAAAAGGUUACCAAUUCAACACUGUAAUUAGAUCAUUAAAUAUUGUUUUUAUUGGUACUAAUAUUGAUUUUGUUAUCAGUAAAUUAAAAGCAAACUAAAUAUUAUUGUUAUAUAAAUAUACACAUUCAUGGAUCUACAAUCUGUCGAUACCUGUAUCUUGGCAUUGCACAAGGUCAUGUUUUUCUGUGACUGUUUAUGACGUCUUUACACUAAAUCCAUUGGAUGUUGGAUGCCAUGAGAUCUCAACCCUCCCCUAUACCUCUAGCCAAUGUAGAAUUAAAACAAACACACAGUAAUACGCACAGUAAAACUCCGUUUAAAAGAAGACCGAGUCCGAUGUCAGAAUAGGUAACAGAAGAAACUAAGCAAAAUGACAAUGAUACAUAAAUUAACAAAGGACUACUAUCAGUUACUGACAUGCUAGCUCCAGACUUCAAUUAAACUGAUUGUAAGAUCGAAUCUAAUCGUGUAUUUAGAUUUUUUUAUUUUGAGGCCUGUUUUCAAAUUGAUCCACAUUAAGGUCUAAAGGGUCAAAAAUACAACUUUUUUUUAUUUAAAAAAAAAAAAAUUCUUGGGGUUCUUUGACAUGCUGAAUCUAAGAGUGUAUUUAGAUUUUUGAUUUGGGGCAUGGUCGGCCCACAUUAAGGUCCAAAGGAUCCCGAAUUAAACUUUUUUGGAUUUAAAAAAAAAGGUUGGUGUUCUUUGAUAAGCUGAAUCUAAGCGUGUGAUUAGAAAUAUUUGAUUUUGGGCAUAGUUUUUAAGAUGGACUAAAUUGGGGUCCAAAAUUGAACAUUGUUUGUGUUAUUUAAUAUGGUCAAAUCCAACAGUGUUCUAUAUUUUUUGAUUUUGUGCUUGGUUUUCAAAUUGGGUCCAAAAUUAAACUUUGAUUGAUUUCUUCAAAAAUUAAAUCAUUGGUGUUCUGUAAUGUGUGCAAUUUUACAGUGUUGUUGACUUUUGGUCCGUUUUUAAAACUGGAUCCCAUUAAGGUCCAAAUUAACCAAAAUAGAACUUAAUUUGAUUUUAACAAAAAGAUAAACAAUGUGGUUAUUUGAUAUGCUGAAUUUAACCAUGAUUUUAGAAUUUGAAUAUUGGACCAUAAUUGGUAAAUGUCUAAUUUUAAAAUUAUUUUAAAACUUAUACCACAUUCAUUCAGUGACAGAAACUAUGCUAUUAUUACAUAUUUCCUCAGAAUUUAAAUUCUUAGAUGUUAUUGCACAAUUAAUCAUAUCUAAUUUUAUUUGGCCUUUUAACUUUUUUGGAUUCGAGCGUCACUGAUGAGUCUUUUGUUGACGAAACGCGCUUCUGGCGUAAAUACAAAAUUUAAUCCUGGUAUCUAUGAUGAGUUUAUUUUUAUUUCAUGCAAAAUGAAUAAAAUAACUUUAGUAUAAGUGUAUGGAUGUGUAAGAAAUUUUAGCACAAGGUUCCAUACCCUAAUUGGAGGGUUGGGAUAUUAAAUAGUUAAUCAAGCUCUACAUGUAUAGAUUUAUUGUAAACUGAUAGAAAUUUUAAAUUGAGUCAUAGUUUAGAAUAAAUUUGAUGAUUCAGAUAUUUUAAUUGUGGUGACAAUUGUGUAUGCAUUUCAAGAUUGUUAACAUGUUUGAAUAUUUUCUCAUGGUUGAAAAAUCCCUUAGAAAUUAAAAUAGGCCUUUGUCCAUCUGUUGAAGUGGAAGUGUACAUGUAGGUCACUGAUGUUUUUAAAUACAAUUGUGCCAUACAUUAUGUUGUGUUACAUCUUAAUAAAAAAAAAUAUUUUUAGAUACAAAUCUUUUUAUUAAAGGAUAUAUUUCAUUACAAUACAUUGCGUAGAUACAGUUGUUGGCAUUGAUAGAUAAGUUGCAGAUAUUAGUUGGUGACAAAUAAAAGUAAGAAUAUUGGAAACUAUUGAUUAUAUAUAUAUAAAGUUUGAUAACACUAAGUGGUGUUUUUAUAUUUUUCACUUAUUAUCAAGACAUCCAGUAAUUAUCAAUCACACAAUUAUAAUUGGGUUGUAUUUGAAAACUUUGUGUUUUUCCUAAGUGUUGUUGAUGAUAAGCCUGUAGGACAAUAUAAAUAUAAUUUGAAAUUUACUGUUCAUUAUUAGAUAUUUUGAAAAUAAUUACACAGUCCUACAAAUAGCCAUCAAAUUGAAAAGUUUUACACAACUAGUGUUGAGAUAAAAACAAAACAAAACUUGUCAGCAUUCAUGUAAUGAAAUUUGUCAAAUUUGUUAUUUAUCAGUAAAAUUAACAUUACACAGGUUGGUUUAGAUAUCUUACUAGCUACAGUGAUCAUUUCUGCAUCCUUUUGAUAAAAUAGAUGGCAUUGUUUUUGUUCAAUACAUGAAAUAUAAUUUCAGAUGUAUAUAUAAUACACAUACUAUACAUAAAAAAAUAAACAAUUUCAUGACUUUUUGUUGGGAAUGAAAAAAAUAAUCAAUAGAAAGCAACUGUUUGGUAUAAAAAUGUCAACUUGUUUAAAUACAUAAGAACAUUUUAAAAGCAAGAUAUAAUUUGAAAAUGCAAAUUGUCAUACAGAUGUGAAGUUCAUCUUGUGAGUUAUUUUGCACUUACAUUUAUCACACAUUUCAAGUUACUAAAAUAAAAGAACAAAAAAGGGGGGUUGAAAAUUUAAAUAGAGUUUUCAUUUAAAAUUUACGAAUGAAUAAAAAUUCCUGCAAUGUUUUUGUUCAAAACAUGAAAUAUAAUUUCAGGUAAAAAAGGGGGGUUGAAAAAUUAUAAUAAAAUUUUCAUUUAAACUUUACAAAUGAAUAAAAAUGUCAUGAUUCACAAUUUAUUCUUUUAAUAUAUAAUAUGAUAAUAAUAAUAAUGAAAAUUUAUAAAGCGCCCUAUAAAAAAAAUAAAAUUACUCUAAGGCGCUGUACAUUCAACAUGGUAAUGAAAACAAAUCAAUGACAAAAACAUAAAACAUACAUUGUGUCAGAUUCAAAUACUGAAAAAUAAACAAAAUACAACAAAAAUGCCUACCAUAAAAUAAAAGGUCAAUACGCAAAUACAUGUUAAAACAGAAAAUUUUAAAAUUAUCAAUAUAGGCUAAAAGCAUGCAAAACAAGCAAAAACUCUAAAAAGGAAUGCAAAAAAGUUGCAUUAAAAGUUGAUACAAAACAAGUAAAACCCGUAAAAGAGAAAA